AUGUCAAAAGGUGACGGGUGUAAAAAGAAGUAUAAAAGGCAAAAGCAUAAGGAAAGUUCGUUUAAACCUUUAAAAGCUUUUAAAGUGAUUAAAACAUCUGAUCAAAAUUCAGACAUGAUUGUGGAUUCGGAGGAUCAAUCUGAUAUUUCAAAUAAAGAAGCCACCAAUAAAAUCGAAAUUGAAGCUACUGAAGCUAUUGCAGAAUUUGAUGUGGGAGAUUUAAAGAGAUUGAAAGGGAAAUUCGAAAUAUCUCUUAGUUAA